AUUUCACCUUAAAAAUGUUGCUUUGGAAAACCUGAUUCAAGCUCGGCCAGAAAAGUAGACUCAAUACAGGUGUGUUCUACCCUAUGAUGUAUACUAAUAUGAAGUUCUCAUCCAUAUCUACCAAGAAGGAAAACUUUUCUGCAGAUAUUUUUAAGCACAGGAGUUUAGAAGACCUGAAGAAUUUUUAUCGAGAAAAUAUUGGAACCAUUCGAACGAUAGAGGCAAUUCAGUUCUUGGAUCAUGCAAACACGUUGGGGCUGAUCUCUAGUCAAGAGAAUCAUCAGGCUAAUCUGAAAUACAAAGAGUACAUCUCUUCAUAUGCUAUCAAGAAUAUUGUGUUUAGCCUUUCUUCUUGCAACCCUUUUGAUAUAAUGGUUUUCUUGGAAACCAUUGUGCUUUGCAAAGAUGAUAUUUAUAAGAAAGACCUAUUUAAUAUCCUCAGGACUCAUAAGCUCAGAAAUAUCCAAAAUUUAGUGUAUGAGCAUUUGAUUUACGCGGAACAAGAGAAAUUACAGAAGAGUAUUAACCAGUUGGACAAGGACCAAACCAUUAAUAUACUCUUUUUCUUAGCCAGAUAUGCUAUUAUUGACUCUGAAUUAUACCUGCAUGGUCUCUUACUCUCCCAUCUACACUCUAAGGUUGAUAUACUAGGCACUAUGGAUCUUAUGAAGGUAUUCAAUAUCUUCAAAUCACUCAAAAUGAUCUACAGUCAAGUUCUAAAUUCAGAGAAGAGAAAGGAUGGAAUUCCAGCAAAGGAAAUAUCUCUUCUUAAGUUUGAGAAGAAGAUCAGAGACCUUGUGUUCUAUUACUUCACUGUAAAGAACCCUGAACUUGACAAAGAAUCAGCUAUUUAUUUCCUCAACUCUGGCUAUCUUGGUGUCUCAGGAUCGCUUAUACCCAAGAAUAUAAGAAGUAAGAUCUUGAAGAGCCUUGAUUUUGAUGAAAUAAGUGUCAAGGACCUCAUACAGUACCGAGUGAUCCUCUCCGAUGAUAUGGAAAUGGAAGAAUAUACGAAGAAGUUAAUGGACAGGAUCCUUACUAAAGACAAGAGAGCUAUCAUUGAGCUUGAUUUUAAGCAACUAGCAACUUUAAUCAGGAUGGUGUGUAAAUAUUACCCUGAAAGAGUCCAGAUCUUGUACAAUUAUUGCUCUAAUGUGAUGGAUAGAAAAGUAUAUGAUUUAACCUUGAAUCUUGAUAGUCUUUGUGAUAUUAUCCACUCUUUCACAUUAGCAAAGCAAAUAAAGACUUUCUCUGAUCCAAUCCUGACCUCUGCUAUUCCAAUCAUCAAUAUCGUAGGACUUGAGUCUUUAAGCUCUGGCAAGAGAUUGGAAAUCCUAUGGGCUUUGGUAAGAAUCGCUCAGGAAAACAUCAAUGAUCAAAAGAGUCUCUCAAGUAUCAGAAGUAUCUUACCACAUCUCGAGAAAAUUCUAGAAAUGUCUUUCAAGGAAAGACUCAAGAUCUACCACUUCUCUUACAUUGUUGACAUCAACAAGUUCUAUAAGACAGUUCAUGGGAAGGAUCUGUUCGACAAGUAUGUUCUGGCUCGUUGCAAGAAGGUCCAAAAUACUUUGUUCAGAAAAUCGCAGAAGAUUUAAAUAUCUAUUAAUUAAGGUCAAGCCAGG